AUGCUCCAGCUCAAGCAUAUGCUCCCUACGUUCCUGAAAUGUGAAGUUAGGAACGGGUUAGACGCUUCUUUCUGGUGGGAUUCUUGGACGAGUCUAGGCCCUUUAAUGGAUUUUGUUGGGCAGUCUGGACCUCGGAUGCUAAGGCUGCGUCUUGAUGCAAAGGUUGGUGAUGCGGUACGUAGUGGGGAGUGGUACCUACCCAACGCGAGAUCUGACAGGGUCCAGGAGCUCCAGAUUCUGCUAACGGCUACUCCUCCUCCAGAGAUAGCUCGUGGAGCGGAUACUUAUCUCUGGCGUAACGCCGCCGGCAACUAUGCUAAGAAAUUCUCCUCACGAGGAACUUGGGAACAGCUGCGGACCCGUUCUGCGCAAGUGCCUUGGUCGAAAAUUGUUUGGUUCCGGGAGGCAAUUCCCAGAGCAUCUUUUAUUAUGUGGCUUGUCUGCUUGGGAAGGCUGCCAACUAGAGACCGUCUGAUUGGAUGGGGAAUGACUGUGCCGGACUUAUGUCCAUUAUGCUUGGCAGCAGCAGAGUCUCACUCCCACCUCUUCUUCAGCUGUACUUUCUCGGAGGCUCUGUGGCAAGCCUUUGCUACUCCGAUGUGUGGACAGAUAGCACCGUCUAAUCUAGCCGACAUCAUCCCUCUGUUUCAGCUGCCUCUGAUCUCUUCCCGGAGUCAGGUCCAAGUUUGUAUGAAGCUUCUUCUCCAGGUUGUUAGCUACUCUUUGUGGAGGGAGCGGAACGCUCGCAUCUUCACUGCGAUUUCAACUCCUUUACAUGCGCUCAAACGCAUGGUCGAUCGAACUCUGCGGGACAGACUCCUAUCUUUCCCUGCUACGGAUUCCCAUCCUUCUCUCCUAGAAUUUUAUUUUGGUUGUAUGUCUCAUCCGAUAUGA